AUGCUAUGCAGUAGAUGUAUUCAAAUUCAACCUCAUCCUCAUUUUUCUUAAGAUUAGAAAAAGCAUUUUACUUUUGAACGAAAAUUUUUAGAUGAAUCUUUCGGUUAGAUGAUUCCAAUUCUUAAAGAUGAAAUGAAUUAGAUUUAGAUCCUCAUGGAUAAUAUGCAUUAAUUCUUAAACAAGGAAAGAAACUUUAAUGUAAGUGAAAUUCAGUAAAUGAUCGACAAGAAUUGCCAUAUUUUACAGAAAUCUUCUCUCGAUGAUAAGAUAAAGAGUAUUUUCAAGGAUCAAGAUUCCUUCAAACAAGCAUUCCAAAUCAACCAAGAGUAACUUCAUGUACCUCAUAAAUAGGAAUUGGAAGAGGAAAAAUAAUAAGUCAUAGAUCAAAAUUAAGAGGAGAUUAAAGUUUAAGAACAUAUUGGAUAAAAUCCAUUAUCUUUGCUCAGUUAAUAAAUAAACAAAAUAGAGUCAAGAGAUUAAUUAGAAAUAGAUACAUUACAAAAGAUAGGAGAAUAAGAUUAAUAAAAAUACAUAUAAUUUAGGGGAUUAGUUGAUAAUGUUUUAUCAGGAAAUGCCAAAGAAAAUGUAUUGUAUGAUAAACUCUUUAAAGUAGGUACUAAAAAUAAGCUUGUGUAUAAAGGUACAAGAGAUGGAUUUAGACCAGCUUUCUUUCACAUAGCUUGUGAUAAUAAAGGUCCAACAAUAACAUUAAUCCUCAGUGAUAAAGGGGAAGUUUUUGGAGGCUAUAGUUCGCUUUCAUGGGAAUCAUCGAAUCAGUGGGUAAAGGAUCCUCAUGCUUUUAUAUUUAGUUUGACUAAGAACACUCUACAUGAGUAAUAUCAACAUUUUGAACAAGGAGUUUUACAUCAUUCACUUUGCUUCAUGAGAUUUGGAUAUGGAAAUGAUAUUUUUAUCAAAGAUAAUUGCAACAUUAAUUGCAAUAGUUAUUGCUUAUUAGGUGGCACAUUUACUCCUCCAUAAGGUUCUAACUAUGGAGAUCAAUUAGCUAGGGACUACUUAGCAGGAUGUGAAAAUUUUAGAGUUAUUGAAAUUGAAGUUUACACGAUAGCUCCUACUAAUAGUUCAUGA